AACAGAAACCCUGCUUGAGGUUUGUGUUUUAUGGUCACCACUCAAGUCCCUUUGAUUCCAUACAAUGCCUCUGCCGGAAUCUGUAGGCGAUUUGGUUGUCCUACAUUUUGAAACGAAUUUAGAUGACCAUGGAAUAAGCAUCGGUCGGGCUCCGUGCGAAAUCCAUGAAAUUUGCUGGGUCAUUUUGGAUGGUAAAACAUUAGAAAAACAACAUUGCGAGUCUUGUAGCAUUCGGGAAGAGUCGUCAAAAGAUGGAAUCUGCGGAACGGUGUCUUCUUUACAAGAAGCGAUACAAUAUGUGGACAAUUCCAUCCAAGAACGACUCAACUUACAGGAAAAGCCUUUCACAUUUGUCGUCAUGAAUGGGCGAGAAUUACGGGUUCUUUUACCCAAAGAGGCAAAAGAUCACGGCGUUAUCCUCCCUUCUUAUAUGCGUCACCCUCGUCUAUUUGAUCUCUCCAGUGAAUAUGCGAAAUGGCAAAUCCGUUCAGGCUCCGUUCCACCUUACACAAUUACACUGUCACAUAUUUUUGGAAAGCUAGAUGUUGAUUCAUUGCCUCCCAUUAAUGAAUGUAAAACAAUUCAGCUUUCCCCCACAGAAGUCCCUUAUAUUACCAAAGGCUUGACGCAAUGCUGGCGCCUUGCUAAUGCUACUACUCUUCUGCUGCGAAAAAUUGAGCGCGAAGCCAGACUACCUUCUUUUCCUAAUGUCCUCACUCAGCCGAUCGAUUGUCAAGCUGACGCGAGACUGUUUUACUUGGAGCGCUCCAAGGUGGUCCACAUCGGUGGCCUAACCAACGACGUUACUCAAUCCGAAUUAGAAGGUUGGUUCACGAAUCAUGGCAUUCAUCCAAUUGCCCUCUGGACUCUUAAGACACCCGAGCCUUAUAAAUCAACUGGUACCGGUUUUGUCCUCUUCGGCAGCCAUGAAGACGCAUCAGAUGCUCUUGGCCUGAAUGGGUUAUGUAUUGGCGAUCGCAUGCUUGCAAUUACUCCUAGCUGCCCAAAGGUUUUGGAUAAGGCAUCGGAAAUUUUGAUUCCUUUCCCUUCCAGCAAAAACCGCCCCCGUCCUGGCGACUGGAAUUGCCCCAUGUGCGGUUUCAGCAAUUUUCAACGUAGAAUUUCUUGUUUCCGUUGCUCUUUCCCUGGUCCUGGUCAUGCUUCAGCAACUGCUGCAACUUCGUCAUUUCCUCCCGAGUUCCCUUAUGGUCAGUCUUAUGGCAACGGUAAUUCGCAUAUCCCUCACAACUAUGGCUUUGGUAUCCAUCAUGCUAAUGAAGUUAAUAGCCAGGCCGAUCAGCAUCACAAUGCAACAAACAUUGUUAACAAUCACUCUUCCCGUUCCACGUUUGGUGGUAAUGUUCCUUUCCGGGCUGGUGACUGGAAAUGUGGUUCUGAGGGCUGUGGAUAUCAUAAUUUUGCCAAAAACGUUUGUUGCCUACGCUGCGGUGCUAGCCGUGCAACGGCCGCUGUCGUCGCAGACCACACGUCGAUGUCGUCAAACGCUAAUAACAAUACCAACGGUAAUUAUCCAAGCACUUCAUCUGGUGUCUUUGGUACUAGUCCUACAAAUGCAUGUGUAUAUCCAUAUUCUCAGCUAUCUCUUGGUUCUAUAGCUGCUAAUAAUCACCCAUAUCCGAACCCUAAUGCCAAUCGUCCUGAGGAGCAAAACCGGUUUAAAGAUGUCCCUAAAGCUUCUUUUGCUACUGAUCAAGGUGAUUGGCUUUGUGAAUGUGGCUUCACUAAUUUCCGUCGCCGAAGUAAUUGUUUACGUUGUAAUGCUCCCCACUAUCCAAACUUACAAGGUCCUUCCUCUUUCCCUGCAGAUUUCGGGACUUAUGCCUAAAGUUCACCAUAUUAAUUGCAGCCCUGCUGCUACAUUCAUUGAAUGGGUGUCAUGUAUUUUUAAUAAUUGGGAUAAACUUUAUAUUUGCUGAUGUUUUCUGCUGUUUUUGAAACAUAUAAAAUCUAAUAUCUUGGCUUUCCUUGUUGAAGACAAGUUGAGCGUGUUGUAAAAAAGGACUUCAUGUGCCAAUUUUUUGCAUCUCUUCAAAAUGUGGCCGUCUUAUUUGUUUAAAGAAUUGGGAAUCACUUUGUUGUAAUGAUAUGGAAGGUAAAAAAUGUUAAAACAUAAACAACUAGCAUCGAAUUUGGGUUUACGAUUCACAAAUUCAGUAUCCAUGAAGCUAUGUUUACAUACCAUUUUUCUCUUAAUAUAAUUGCUGUUAUUGAUGCUUAAGCCUACUUCGAGAUUUUACUUUUUUCAUUUGUGUUUGAUCUUUGAUUUAUGGAAACAAAGAUUGGUCGGGUUUCGUGUAAUAGAUUUUAACGGAUAAUAUAUUAAUUCUAUAUGUUUGCUUUUUUUUUAAUAUACAUUUAAGUUUCAC